AUGGGGCGCAUCUUCUUGGACCACAUUGGCGGAACACGUCUUCUCUUGUCAAACUGUGACACAAUCCUGACUAACCGGUCUGAGCUAAUCUCCAACACGAUUCACGGAGCCACAGGCAGAGCUUUCCUUUUCAAUAAGGUGGUCAACCUCCAGUACAGCGAGGUGCAGGACAGAGUGAUGCUCACCGGCAGACACAUGGUGAGGGACGUCAGCUGCAAGAACUGCAACAGCAAGCUGGGUUGGAUCUACGAAUUUGCUACUGAGGACAGUCAGCGGUACAAGGAGGGUCGCGUCAUCCUGGAAAGAGCACUGGUUAGAGUGAGUGAGGGCUUUGAAGAGCAUGUGCCCUCAGACAACUCCUGAGUCCCUGAGGUGGUAUUAAGUUGAGUGGGAAGGCUCACGCCUGUGCCCUCCUUUUCCUCUCCUUUGCCCCCUUGCAUCUGCGCUGCACCACCACCUGCAGACUUAGUGGUCAGUGAAGUUUCGACUUCACCCUCCCACGCCCCUUCUCUCUCUGGCCUAUGAUCUUAGAUCUUUGCUGAUUAAAGAUUGGGUGUGCUGGAUCUAUUCGUGCUGAAUAGACUUCCCCAGAAUACUUCAUGAUUUAUGUAUCACAGGGCAGUCACUCAAAACAGCUGGAAAUGCUGUUAGGGAAUUCGCUAAAGUGUUUAAGCGUUGUCACACACAGUUUUCAUCACAGCUCCACAAGGCAUGUGCCACAUUUUCAUGGUAAUUAAAAUAUGUGCAUGAUAAUAUGCAGGUCAGUCACAUUUUAAAUAAUAUUAGCUAGUUGUUUUUUUUGCCUGUGUAACAGUAGCCAGCGGAGGUUAGUAUGAUUGUCAUCCAAACAUGGGCAAAGCAACCAGCCAGUUCUCCAUGUUGCUGUUAAAUGAGCCAAACAUGCUGCUUUAGUGGUAUUUGUGCUUUUGUGUUGUAAAUGUGCUUGCACUGAAUACAUUCAAGACCACGAUAGUUGAUAUCAGUUACCCUUUCUUAGCUUGCAGUGUAGUGGAUGUAAUUGUGUUCUCAUCCCAAUGAUACAGUGAGGACUGCACAGAUUGAUGUCAUAUUUAAGUAUUCAUUGUUGUGCUUGGCGUAGUUUUCUUUAGAUUAGGCUCAUUAUUUUGAUGACAAUGUAUUUCAGAUGAACAGAGUAGACAAUUUGCUUAAUUCAGUUCCACCAGUCUUUACCUUACCAUGGAUUCUGUGCCUCUGGUGUGAAGAGCAACAUGUCACUUUAGUGACUUGUCAGGAGCAUGUUUUUUUCAACCGUUCAUUUCAGUGUGACACAAUGCCGCCUGAAACACGAUAGAGACAU